GACGUCAGGCGGCCGCGGAGAUGGAGGACGUGCUGGACUUAGGCGAGGAGCGACGCCGCGGCUCGGCCACCUCCGGGCCCAAGAUGGGUCGCCGAGCUCAGCAGGAGUCAGCUCAAGUGGACAAUCAUCUCAGUAACAAGAACUCCUCUUCGAUUCUGACUGGAGAGGCUCCCCCUCCCAAGCCGCCGCGCAGGCAAGGAGGCUGGGCCGAUGAUUCCACGAAGGCUUCAAAGUCAGGAAGGAGGGCUUCUGAAGAAAUAGAAGAUCACCGCCUCAGACAGCAGAGCUUGGAUGGAUCAGAUGACGGAGGAGAUAUUCCUGUUAUUCCGGAUCUGGAAGAAGUACAGGAAGAAGACUUCGCUUUGCAGGUGGCGGCCCCCCCCCAGGUACGUUACAUUAGCAUCCAGGUCAACCGGGUGAUGACCUACCGUGACCUGGACAAUGACCUCAUGAAGUACUCAGCCUUUCAGACCUUGGAUGGAGAGAUUGACCUGAAGCUCCUCACCAAAGUCCUGGCGCCAGAGCACGAAGUCCGAGAGGAUGACGUCAGCUGGGACUGGGACCGUCUGUACACCGAGGUGUCCUCAGAGCUCCUCACCGAAUGGGACCUGCUGCAGGCGGAGAAGGAGGACCCCGUGGGACAGCCCACGCACACCUGAGCCCUUGGCGGUCGGCAGACUCCUGUCCCCGUACAGAGUAAUUUCUGCUUCGGACUUGAAAAAACGCGAUAAGCCUACAGCUGAAGAAGCUUGCCGGUAGCUUAGCAUUUUUGUAUGGAAUAUUUUGUAAUAAAAAUGCUUAUUUUCAGUAGACCAUGUUGGAUCAUUCAGGUGUAAUAAAUUGCUUUAUGCUGUGGC